AUGGCAAACAAUUUUGUUUCUCCACGAUUAAUCAGGCAAAACGCCUUUAUAGAUAUUAACAACAGCUUUAAUCAUGUCAUAAACAACUUUAUCAACAAUAACAACAAUAAUAUGCCGCCAUUAGUCAGGCAAAAUGGAUUCAUCGUUCUUCUUCCUCCUCAACAAUCAAACACAAUAGCAUCACCACCACCACAAUCAGUAUCACAACAACAAUUGUUACCAACACCGCCGCCACUAGUCAGGCAAAAUGGAUUCAUCGCUCUUCUUCCUUCUCAACAAUCAAAUACAACAGUAUCACCACAACAACAGUCGCUGCCAACAUCGCCGCCGCCAUUAGUCAGGCAAAAUGGCUUCAUCGCUCUUCCUCCUCCUCAACAAUUAAAUAAUCCAACAGUAUCACCACAACUAACAACACCACUACAAUCAGGAUCACAACAAUCGCCACAAGUGCCGCUGUCGUCAUUAGUCAGGCAAAGUGGCUUCAUUGUCCUUCCGCCGCCGCCAUUAGUCAGGCAAAAUGGUUUUAUCGUUCUUCCUCCUCAACAAUCAAAUCCAACAGUACAACAAUUAGGAUCACAACUACAGUCACCGCAAGCGCCGUCGCCGCAAUUAGUCAGGCAAAAUGGCUUCAUUGCCCUUCCGUCUCCACCAUUAGUCAGGCAAAAUGGCUUCAUCGCCCUUCCACCGCCACCAUUAGUCAGGCAAAAUGGCUGCAUCGCCCUUCCUCCUCCUCAACAGUCAAAUCCAAUAUCAUCAAUAUUACCACUACAAACACAACAGUCCCCAUCAGUACCAACGCCACAGCGUCAAACCUCUCGCGUUGCGACACGAUUUUCGCAAAGACUCGCCUCCAGAAACAGACAGUUCAAUGAACGGGCAUCCAAAAGGAUCGCUCGUGAAAGGAUCUCUCAAUACUACAAUCGGUAA